AGUUCGUCGAGGAAAUAGUAGAAUACUAGUAUGUACACAUUUCCCAUUCAGAUUCGGGCAUUCACGAAUCACGAUUCACGACCUUGAUUUCCAAUCGCCAUUUUCCUUAACUCCAGUUCUCUGAUUCUCUCUAUCCUCCAUAUCCAUCCUCUUACAAUAUCUUCAAAAACCAUGGAACCAGAUGUAAGUAUCGAAUCAAUGUGCACGAUCCGAGUAGCUGUUCUUCCAAUUGGUGAAAUCUCAUCAACUCUCUUUAGAGAUUAUGCUUCUCUUUUAACUCUUCAUUCCAAAAUUGAUCUUUCAUCAAUUAGCUCUUUUUAUACUGAACAUCAAAAAUCUCCAUUUACCCAUCAACCUUGGGAUUCUGGGUGUCUUCGUUUUAAGUUCAUUCUUGGCGGAUCUCCUCCUAGUCCUUGGGAAGAUUUUCAAUCUAAUCGUAAAAUUCUUGCUGUUAUUGGGAUCUUUCAUUGCCCUUCUUCCCCUGAUCUUGAUUUAGUCAAUGAUCAAUUUUCUAUGAUUUGUAAGGGUUAUGCUUCUUCUUUGGCUCAAAAAUGUUUUGGGUUUUGUCCCGGUGAUGAACAGUUCAAAGAUGGCAAUAAAAGACAGGACAAUCUGAACUUGUUCCCUCCUGCCAACAGGCAGACUCUGGAGAUGCAUAUGCACACAAUGAUGCAGGAUAUUGCUGCCUCAUUGUUAAUGGAGUUUGAAAAAUGGGUCCUCAAAGCUGAAUCUGCUGGGACAAUUGUCAAGACACCUUUGGAUUCACAAGCCAGUCUCAGCUCAGAGGAGGUGAUCAAGGCAAAAAAGCGGAGACUUGGCCGAGCACAGAAAACCAUUGGGGAUUAUUGUCUUUUAGCUGGGUCACCUGUUGAUGCCAAUGCCCAUUACAAUACCGCUUUAGAACUUGGAAGAUUGACUGGGGACCUUUUCUGGUAUGCUGGGGCUCUCGAAGGAAGUGUUUGUGCAUUACUGAUGGAUCGAAUUGGGCAGAGAGAUCCGGUUCUGGAGGAUGAGGUGAAGUAUCGAUACAACAGCGUUAUUCAACACUAUCGAAAGUCAUUUGUACAGGACAAUGCACAGAGAGUGUCACCUGUGAGCUUCGAACUUGAGGCUACUUUGAAGCUAGCUCGAUUCCUAUGCAGGAGGGAACUUGCUAAAGAAGUAGUAGAUCUAUUGACAAAUGCUGCAGAUGGUGCAAAAUUACUGAUUGAUGCCACUGAUCGAUUAGUACUGUAUGUUGAGAUAGCUCGACUUUAUGCUAGGCUUGGGUAUGAGAGAAAAGCCGCCUUCUUCUCUAGGCAGGUUGCUCAGCUUUAUUUGCAACAGGAGAAUAGAUACGCUGCUAUAAGUGCCUUGCAAGUGCUAGCUAUAUCAACAAAAGCUUAUCGUGUUGAAAGCAAAGCAUCUAGUUCCAAAGAUUUGCUAUCUGAAAAUGGACGUAAUCUUUUGGAAGGUGGAAAGAUGAAUCCUAAUUCUAUAGUUUCAUUAUUUGAGUCCCAGUGGAGCACUCUGCAAAUGGUUGUGCUUAGAGAAAUUCUUCAGUCUGCUGUGCGAGCAGGAGAUCCUCUUGCUGCUUGGAGUGCGGCUGCGCGGCUGUUGAGAAAUUAUUACCCUCUUAUUACACCAGCUGGUCAAAAUGGACUUGCAAGCGCACUUACCAACUCAGCAGCAAGGCUUCCUUCAGGGACUCGUUCAGCUGACCCUGCUUUGCCUUUCAUCAGGUUACAUUCUUUUCCUAUUAGUCAAUGUCAGACGGAUAUUGUAAAACGCAAUUCUGGAAAAGAAGAUUGGUGGGCUGGAUCUGCUCCGUCAGGGCCCUUUAUCUACACUCCAUUCAGUAAAGGAGACACCAAUAAUAGCAGUAAGCAAGAGCUGAUUUGGGUUGUUGGUGAACCAGUUCAGGUACUAGUGGAAUUGGCCAACCCAUGUGGUUUUGAUUUGGUUGUUGAUAGUAUUUAUCUCUCAGUUUCUACCGGAAACUUUGAUGCUUUUCCGCUCAGUGUGACUCUUCCUUCUAAUUCAUCAAAAGUUAUCGGGUUAUCUGGAAUUCCAACAUCUGUGGGCCUCAUCACAGUUCCUGGAUGCAUUGUGCACUGCUUUGGAGUUAUUACCGAACAUCUUUUUAGAGAUGUUGACAACCUGUUACUCGGUGCAGCUCAAGGGCUUGUUCUGUCUGACCCUUUCCGUAAUAGUGGCUCUCCAACCUUGAGAAAUGUAUCAGUUCCUAAUAUUUCCGUGGUUUCCCCACUGCCAUUGCUUGUCUCUCAUGUUGUAGGCGGAGAUGGCGCUGCUAUACUUUAUGAAGGCGAAAUUCGUGAGAUGUGUAUAAGUCUAGCCAAUGCAGGGACAGUUCCCAUUGAGCAAGCACAUAUAUCUUUGUCAGGGAAAAAUCAAGAUUCUGUCAUUUCAAUUGGGUACGAAAUCUUGAAAUCGGCUCUUCCACUCAAACCAGGUGGUGAAAUUACUUUACCAUUAACUAUCAAAGCAUGGCAACAUACUUCUGUGGACUUGGAUAGCGCUGCAGGGAGAUCUGGGGGUUUGGGACGACAAUCAAAAGAUGGGGCGAAACCAUUGUUGAUGAUACAUUACGCAGGGCCUUCGAGCAGUGACGCAAACUCUGCAGCAGACAGUUCCGCUAUACCACCAGGAAGGCGCUUGGUUGUGCCGUUGAACGUCUGUGUUCUACAAGGAUUGUCUUUUGUGAAGGCUCGUCUGUUAUCUAUGGAGAUUCCUGCUUAUGUUGGUGAAAAUAUUCCCAACCCACCUCAAGUAGAUAGUGUCCCCGAGUCAUCUUCGAGCUCUAACAGAAUCGAAAGAUUGGUGAAAAAGGACCCUUAUAGAGGCACUUGGGGAUUGCGCUUCCUUGAACUUGAACUGUCUAAUCCAACUGAUGUUGUGUUUAAUAUUAGUGUUUCUGUUCAGCUCGAGAAGUCUGGUAAUGGGAAUGUUUCUGAUGACCAAGAACCCGCGGAGUAUGGUUAUCCAAAAACGACAAUUGACCGAGAUUCCUGUGCUAGAGUGCUGAUACCCUUAGAACAUUUCAAGCUACCCGUUCUAGAUGGCUCCUUUUUCAUGAAGCAGCCGUUAGGUGAUGGAAUUUUGAGGGGUGGAAAUUCAAGCUUCUCAGAGAAGAGUACUAAGGCCGAGCUAAAUGCUUGUAUUAAAAACUUGAUAUCGAGGAUUAAAGUCCGCUGGGAAUCCGGAAGGAACAACACCGGAGAACUGAACAUCAAGGAUGCAAUGCAAGCUGCUCUUCAGACAUCUGUUAUGGAUGUGUUGCUUCCCGAUCCCUUAACAUUUGCUUUCCGACUUGUUCGAGAUGGUUGGGGAGAUGCUUUACAGAGCUCUGAAUCUAAGAGUGCAGUCUUAGCACAUGAUAUGACUCCUAUGGAAGUUCUGGUUCGUAAUAACACCAAGGAAUUGAUCAAGAUGAAUCUCAGUAUCACAUGCGGAGACGUCGCUGGAGAAAACUGUCUUGAAGGUCCGAAAGCUACUGUAUUGUGGGCUGGCGUUCUCUCUGGAAUCACCUUGGAAGUGCCCCCACUUCAAGAAAUAAGGCAUCCAUUCUCCAUGUAUUUCCUAGUACCUGGCGAGUACACCUUAGUUGCUGCAUCACUGAUCAAUGAUGCUAACGAGAUUCUUCGGGCACGUGCAAGAAGCGAGUCACCUACUGAGCCAAUCUUCUGUCGUGGACCUCCUGUUCACCUCUGUGUUUGUGGUGCCACUUAAAAUCGAUGGGUGCGCCUAACAUCCCGCGAGUAGUUGAAACCUUCAUGUGCCUUCGGAAUCUUGGUUAUAACUUCAGCAAGCAUUUUUUCUGUGCUUGAGAUCAUUGAGUUGGUAUUUAGCUAUGGUAUGGUUAGGUGGAGUCUUGGUGGGUUGAAUACUUGUAACUUGUGAUUCAAAUUUCAGAUUUUCAUUUUUCUUUUAGUUUUUUUUAGAGAACCUAUUUGAUCAUUCCCACUUUUGACCUUUUCUUUUCUUUUAUUUAUUGAUUUAAGUGUGGUCAUGUAGAAAGGUGGUAAGGCUUUUGUUUUUUUGAAAAAUUAGUUGUUAAAUUUGAAUUUAUUUAAUUCGAAUAUGACUUAACUUGAUCUUAUACAUCAAAUAGUUUAUGAUACGAAAACUAUCCAUUUUAAACUAUUAUAUCUAAUUAUCAUAUUUCAAAUGUGAUCAACUAUCAAAAUCAACACAACUAGAAAAACAUAUUGAUACUUAACAAUGCUCUAAAUUUAACUUAUCCACUUUAAUGACGAUUAAAAUGCGAUUCUUGUGAGAGAUUGCCCCUUUGUGAGAUGACUUUAAAAUAAGAAGUUUAUAUGUUAAUAAUUGUAUUCCUUUGGCUAUUCAAUUCAUGUAUAGGUAAU